GUGGGCGGAAUUAGGGGCAGAAACUGCUGAUCCGUCAUCGAGGCUCACAUACGCAAUAAUUACAUGGAAUUACAUCGAUCAUACAGCACAGAAACAGGCCAUUCGGCCCAACUAGUCUAUGCAAUGUUUAUUGUCCACAUGACCUGCCCUUCCUCAGAAACCGAAAGCAGCAUUAGACUCUGGACAUCGCCAUCCCGAACACACAUUUCAUUUAUUUUUAAGAGUGCAGAUUCUUGUCUUUCAAUGCCAAAUUUAAACAGGUCCUAGAGGAUGAGCUGGAAACACUUUGUUCAGGUCCUAUGGCUUGUGCUUCCCCUCUCACUGACUGCAGAGAGAUUCACAGUCAGUGGCCCGGCCCUCCCUGUCCCAGCCAUUGCUGGUUCAGAUGUUGUCCUGGACUGUAAGUGUUCCACAGACCUGCCUCGAGAGGGUGUGGAGGUGAGAUGGUUCAGGACAAGUUACGAUUCCCCUGUGUACUUAUACAAGGAGGGACGACAUCAACUGAGAAAACAGGAUGAAGCCUACAGACAUAGAACACAACUGUUUGUAGAGGAGUUUAUCAAUGGCAAUGUGUCUCUCAGACUGGAAGAUGUGCGGGUGUCAGAUAAUGGAGAAUACACAUGUUUUGUUGAGUACGCCGGAUCAUAUCAAGAUGUACUGAUAGAGUUGAAAGUUACAGUUCUUGGCAGACAGCCUUGGAUUCACGUUGAUGGGCAGCACAGUGAUGGUGUGAGGCUGCUGUGUGAAUCCAGUGGAUGGUUCCCAGCACCAGAGGUUCUAUGGUUUGAUGAUCAGGGAAACAACUUAACAACACUCAGUAAUUGGACUGUCAGAGAGGAUUCUAAAGGUCUCUACAGUGUUAAAAGCCAAAUAGAAAUAAUCCAUUCAACCAACAAGAUCAGGUGUCUGAUUCACAAUUCAGAAAAUGAACAAGAAGCAAAACUCCAAAUCUCAGACGAGUUCUUUCCCAAAGUGCCAGUGGGUUUGGUGGUUUCCUCACUGCUCUUAGGACUUGCCAUAAUGGUGUUGAGUGUUCUUGUCGGCUACAGUGUAAAACAGCGCCGAGAGAUCAAUGAUCUUGAAAAGAGAGUGGGUUUGAAAAGGAUUUGCAAGUGUGCAGUUACAGUCACUCUGGAUCCUGACACAGCCCAUCCCCUGCUCAUCCUGUCUGAGGACCGGACCAGUGUGAGAUACGGAGGCAAACAGCAGCCGCUCCCUGACUCCCCGAAGAGGUUUAAUGGAUCUCGCUGUGUCCUGGGAUCUGAGGGCUUCACAUCAGGGAGACAUUACUGGGAGGUGCAGGUGGGCAACAAGACAAUGUGGAUUGUGGGAUUGGCCACAGAGUCUGUCAACAGGAAACAACCAAUCACAUGGACACCAGAGGGUGGGGUCUGUGGGGUGGAGCUGGGGAGCGGCACCUAUGAGGCUCUGACGUCUCCUCGUACCCGCCUGUCCCUGACAGUGGGACCCGGGAAGGUCGGGGUUUACCUGGACUAUGAGGGGGGACAGGUGUCAUUUUACAACGCUGACAACAUGUCUCAUCUCCACACUUUCACCCAAACUUUCACUGAGAAACUUUAUCCUCUUUUACAUCCCAUGUUUGAUUCUGAGCCUCUGACAAUCUGCCGGUGACAGGUUAAUGAGGAGGAAAAUUUGACUGUUUUUUCCAUGAGGUUUGGAUGGUGCCGAGUGUUUGAUUCUGUGCUGUUGCUCCAGUUUUGAGCUGAGAUUGUGACGGGAAGUGAAGGGUGGAGCUGAGUGGGGUCUCCCUGGGAGACGUCAGCUCCACAUUGUAUCCUGUGCCGGGAAAGCCAUCUGUGGCCAUCGUCACUGAGCAGCCACAACACGGCAACUGCACAUUCCAGCAUCAAUACAGUAAACCCCACUAACAGGACUCCGGGUAUCCUGGAUUCACAACCAGCCGGACUGAGUCUGACACCAAAAUAGAUAUCUUUAAAAUUUCUGCGGUCCUCUCUGCAGCCAUCUGUGUAAAGCUCAUCGCCAGCUCGUCUCUGUGCUCGUGUUGAGAGAAUCUGACUUGCCAUCCAGUGUGUGACUCACACGCUCUGAGACAGGGAUAUAUAUCGCUGAUAUCUUUCUCUCCAGCAAUGCCCAGUCUCACAGUCGGGGCUGUGCUCAGAAUCUCACUGAAAUCUCCCAAAUCACUUUUAUAUCUAUAAACAGGUGCUGUGUUGUCCAGUGAGCAGCCGCGUCUCACUGUGUAUAAACAAUGUAUAUUUUCAGUGACAGCUUUUAUAAUCUGUAACAUUUCUCAUUCACUAACAGUCACCCAAGAAGCUGUAUCUUCAUUAAGCCGAGGUCACGUCUGUGUCUGUUCAAGUGGAUAUUAUUGUCCAAAAUAUUGGAUUAACUUGCAAAAUACUGCCUCAAUUUACAAUAAAUCAUGUGAUGCUA